AUGCCCCCUUCAAAGCUGGCGACCGGCUUAUUCAGCCAGGCAAGCCGUAACCUGGCCGCCAUUGAGCCUAUCCGAUCCCAAAACAUCCUCUCCAGCCUUCGAAUCACCACCCAAUCGCAAUGCCGCGCCUACACCCAGGCGCAACGGCCCCGAUGCAUGAACAUCCCAACCAUGCUCUCCACCCGGAAUAGCACCAAUUUCUCGACAACUGCAUUCCGAGCUCGUGGCAAGACUAUGGGCCAGAUCAAGCAGCGCAAUUCCACCGGUCCGUUCUCAUGGAAGGCGGCUCUUCUGUUUGUCCUCACCGGUGCGGGUAUGGUGAUUUAUUUCCGGGUGGAGAAGGCACGGCUAGAGCGGAAGCGUAUUGCUGAGAUGAGCAAGGGUGUUGGCAAACCCAAGGUUGGCGGUCCGUUUGUGCUGAAGGAUUUGGAUGGGAAGGAGUUUACCGCGGAGGAUCUGAAGGGGAAAUACAGCUUUGUCUAUUUUGGCUUCACCCACUGCCCUGAUAUCUGUCCCGAUGAGCUGGACAAGAUGGCUGAGAUCAUUGACAAGGUCAAGGAGGCUACUAAGGAUGACAAGCUCUUCUUGCCCGUCUUCAUUACCUGUGACCCUGCCCGUGAUACCCCCGAGGUUCUGCGUGCUUACCUCCAGGAGUUCCACCCCGACAUUAUUGGCUUGACUGGUACCUAUGAACAGGUCAAGAAUGUCUGCAAGCAGUACCGUGUGUACUUCAGCACUCCCAGAGAUGCCAAGGCUGGCGAGGACUACUUGGUUGACCACAGCAUCUACUUCUACCUGAUGGAUCCUGACAACGACUUUGUCGAGUGCAUUGGCCGACAGGAUACCCCCGAAUCCGCAUCCAAGGUUAUCCUGGAGCACAUCAACGACUGGAAGCGCGAGGGUCGGCCAUUGAAGACUGAGUAA